CCACCUCCUUCCAAGAUGAAGGCUGGUCUCUGGGCCCUGGGCACACUCGUCCUCUUCCUCCUGGGCACCAAGCAAGGCAGAGGCAGCCAGCUCAAGGUCAAGAAGGUGACCCAGCGGCGAUACCCUCGAGCCGCCGAUGGCAAAGAGGAAGUGAAGAAAUGUUCCUACACAUUCCUGGUGCCUGAACAGAGACUCACUGGGCCCAUCUGUGUCAAUACCAAAGGGCCAGACGCAAGUGCCACAAGAGACAUGAUCACCCGCAUGGACCUGGAGAACCUGAAAGACAUUCUGUCGCGGCAGAAGCGAGAGAUGGAUGUCCUGCAGCUGGUGGUGGACGUGGAUGGCAACAUCGUCAACGAGGUAAAACUGCUGCGCAAGGAGAGCCGCAAUAUGAACGCACGUGUGACACAGCUCUACAUGCAGCUGCUCCACGAGAUCAUCCGCAAGCGCGACAACUCGCUGGAGCUGUCGCAGUUGGAGAACAAGGUCCUCAAUGUCACCACAGAGAUGCUCAAGGUGGCUGCCAGGUACCGGGAGCUGGAGGCCAAGUAUGCGGCCCUCACUGACUUGGUCAACAACCAAUCGCUGACAAUCAGCUUACUGGAGGAGCAGUGCCUGCGCGUUUUCUCCCGGCAGGACCCCCGCGCCACACCGCCGCUUGUCCAGCCUGUACCCCAGCACAGCCCCAACGGCCACCAGUACACCCCGGGCCUGCUGGGAGGCAAUGAGAUCCAGAGGGACCCCGGGUACCCCCGGGAUCUGAUGCCACCACCUGCCGUGUCCCCUGCACCUACCCCAAGCCCUUUCAAGGGCCCAGCAGUAACGUUCAUCGAUGAAGGACCAUUUAAAGACUGUCAACAUGCAAAGGAUGCAGGGCAUUCAAUCAGUGGAAUUUACAUGAUUAAGCCUGAAAACAGCAAUGGGCCAACCCAGCUGUGGUGUGAGAACAGUCUGGAUCCUGGGGGAUGGACUGUCAUUCAGAAAAGGCUGGAUGGCUCCGUCAACUUCUUCAGAAACUGGGAGAGUUACAAGAAAGGUUUUGGAAAUAUCGAUGGAGAAUACUGGCUGGGCCUGGAAAAUAUUUACAGGCUCAGCAAUCAAGACAAUUACAAGCUGCUGAUUGAACUGGAAGACUGGAGUGAUAAAAAAGUCUAUGCUGAAUACAGAAGCUUUCGCUUGGAAUCUGAGAGUGAAUUCUAUAGACUCCGCCUGGGAACAUAUCAGGGAAACGCAGGGGACUCCUUGAUGUGGCAUAAUGGCAAACAGUUCACCACACUGGACCGAGACAAAGACACAUAUGCAGGAAACUGUGCCCACUUUCACAAAGGCGGUUGGUGGUACAACGCAUGUGCACACUCCAAUCUCAACGGAGUGUGGUACAGGGGAGGCCACUACAGAAGCAAACACCAGGACGGAGUCUUCUGGGCCGAGUACAGAGGCGGCUCCUACUCCCUGAAAGCUGUGCAGAUGAUGAUCAAGCCCAUUGACUGAGAGGACCCAUCCCAAUGAGAGAGAGGAGUGAGAGGUGAGAGAGUG